AUGUCGCGGCCGCUUGGCAUCUCCGGGGUGAUGGAGAGGGCCUGCCCGGAGCCUCAAGACCUGGAAGAUGAUGAUGAUGACAACGAUGAUGACAACGACGAUUACAGGUACGCCUGCCACUCCAUGCAUCCUCCGCCCCAGUGCAAGAGCCGCGACAGCUCUGGUGACAGUCAGCUGGAGGAUCCGGGUGGGCCAGUCAACAUCCCGUUCCCCUUAAAGCCCAGACACUCCUGCAUGGUGAAAGAUGGCGAGAAAAACAGAAUGUACGCCAAGAGGCUGGCCAGGCACGCUCUGGAGCUCGAGGAGGACGCUCAGGAGUUUCAGGAGCCAUUUUACAAAGAGAAGGAAAUGUCUGGCAGCUUGUCGGAGGAGGAGGACAACAGCUGGACCAGGACCUACCACCUCCCCGUGCACCGAAGGCCGCACGUGUCCCGCGCUGCCAGCUCAUCUCCGUGCAGCCCCUACGACUCGUUCCAGCACGGCACCAGCAAGCACCUGGGGACGGAUGCGUUCGCCCUGUGGGCCCACGCCAGCGACCCGUACCUCGCCUACCCGGAGCACGGCAGGGCAGCAGAGCCCCACAUGCAGCAGGAGGAGGCCGUCGGGAACAGGGAGCUCCCCUCCCUGCAGCUGACCUACAAAGUGCUCUGGGAUGAGAACAACGUGCUCAGGAGGAUGGUCAGGAGCAUGCAGAGCUCCUUGGAGAGCCAGGCGCGCACGGUGCGCAGCCUGGAGAGGCGGCUGAAGGCCAGCCUGGUCAAGGAGGAGAGAGAGGCCCAAGGGCUGCAGUCCCUCGUCCAGCAGGCCGAGCGGAGCCUCCAGCUCAUGACCCAGCGGGCUCUGGAGGCGGAAGGCCACGUGGAGAGGCUGAAGCAGGAGAUGAUCAUUCUCCAGGGGGAGCUGGAGACCUCCAAGGUGGAGAACGAAAACCUGAGAGCAGGCCAGACCACGGACCUGGGGGCGGUGAAGCACAACAUAGACUUUGCCUUGCAGAGCCUCCACAAGAUAAUAUCGGGUGCGAACUUGUCCAUCAGACAGCUGGUCUCUGGAGCAGAGUCACUGAACUUUGUUGCUGAGCUCCUUAAGUCUACAGGCAAAAUUUCGGACGCUGAAGAAGAGAAAGACCUAUGA